AUGAAACGAAAACAAUUCGUUUUGUUUUCUCUCUUACUGACACUUUGUUUAACAGCCACCUUCUCGAAUAUGUUUAGAAUAGGCUCCGAACUUGCCUUCUUGCAUCCUCUUCCAGACCAAGCUUUGUUACUGAAUAAUGGUAUCAAGGCUGUCGAUCGAUUCCUAGUAUCGGUACUAAUUUAUGUACAAAUUCUCAUCCUUGCCGUGAUUUGUUCGGUGUUUAUGGAGACCACAAAAGCAACAGGAUUUGCCUCGAAACCAGUGUACAGGGCUUCAUACGUGGCACUCUUUGUCAUUCUGGCUCUUCUUUUUGGAAUUUUGUUGUUGAAUAAUAUUGCAAUUUUCACAUUCCAUGGUUUAAGAGGAGCACCUGUUCAAGUAUUAGACAUCAAUCAAACAAACGAUUUUCAAAAAUCGAUUUUCAUAGCUCCUUGUAUUAUAUUCUUUCUUUCAUUCUUUGCCAUUUCUGCGAUCCUUAAUGUAUAUGGAUUCAAACUGUAUCAUUCCCUGCAAAAAAGUAAGGCCAAACUCAUCAAGAUGUUCAUUAAGCAGCAUCAAGCAUUCCAAGGUAUUGUGGAACCGCUUUCUCCAAUGCCUUUACAAAGUAUGGACUCUCUCACAAACGAUUCACCUCGAAAUAGUAUUCCAAAUUGUAUAGGCAAAGGCAUGACAAUGGACGCCUCUCAAACCACUAUGGAUGACGCAAAACUUCCAACCUCUCCUUCCACUUCUGUAGAAGAUGUCAAGUUUACAGCAGAGCAAGAGAAAAUAUAUGAAUUUAAGAAGGCAGCAUUGCGAAGAGCUCUUGUCAUUCAACUGGGAUUAAGUGCAUGCUUGUUUCUCCAGUCGAUUGGUGUUCUGUUCAUUUCUAUUGCUGUCGUUUGGAAAUACCUGUUGCUGUUCUUUUACAUGUUUAUUAAUCUUGGGAUGAGCUUCUUUGUGAUUUUGCUAUUAGUGAUUUACAGUCCUCUAAGAGAAGUUCAACGGCUUGUUCCAUACAUCCAGUUGGCGGUUUACAAUGUGGACUGGCUUGCCACGACACCACAGCAAAUUCAACCUGCGUAUUCAGUCCAUCAAAAAAAUAUUUAUUCAUCAUCGUCAUUGUCAACUCAAACACCAGCGAUGCAACGAAUGAAAGCCAGAAAAUCGGGAGGUGUUUCCCAACAACGAAUUGCUCUCACUGGUAGUGAUCACGGUUCAAUUAUGAAGACGUAUUUUGGUGAGGAUGAUGCCCCUGGUAUUAAAGUCUCUCCAACAACUGUUCUCGUUGGUAGUUUGGUUUUCAUCUUCUCAGUCAUUGUUCUUCACUUCUGGGGAAGAUUCUUCAGCUAA